AUGGAGCGGUUAGGGGAGAAAGCCAGUCGCCUGCUGGAGAAGUUCGGCCGCAGAAAGGGUGAAUCUAGCCGGUCCGGGUCUGAUGGGACCCCCGGGACGGGCAAGGGUCGCCUGAGUGGGUUGGGGGGACCUAGAAAAUCAGGGCCCCGAGGAGCUACUGGGGGACCUGGGGAUGAGCCGUUGGAGCCAGCCCGGGAGCAAGGACCCCUGGACGCGGAGCGGAAUCCGCGCGGCUCCUUUGAGGCGCAGCGCUACGAAGGCUCCUUUCCUGGGGGGCCGCCGCCGCCCACUCGGGCCUUGCCUCUACCUCAGUCAUUGCCCCCCGAUUUUCGCCUGGAGACCACGGCCCCAGCCCUAAGCCCCCGUUCCAGCUUCGCCAGCAGCUCAGCCAGCGACGCGAGCAAGCCGUCCAGCCCCCGGGGCAGCCUGCUGCUGGACGGGGCGGGGGCUGGCGGAGCCGGAGGUAGCCGGCCCUGCAGCAAUCGUACUAGCGGCAUCAGCAUGGGCUACGACCAGCGUCACGGGAGCCCCCUGCCCGCAGGGCCCUGCCUGUUUGGCCCACCCCUGGCCGGGGCUCCGGCAAGCUAUUCCUCCGGAGGUGCUCCGUCCGCCUACCCGGAGCUCCACGCUGCCCUGGACCGACUGUGCGCCGACCGGCCCGCGGGGUUCGGCUGCCAGGAAAGCCGCCACUCGUAUCCCCCCGCCCUGGGCAGCCCGGGAGCGCUAGUCGGGGCCGGAGUGGGAGCCGCGGGGCCCUUGGAGAGACGGGGGGCACAACCCGGACGACACUCGGUGACCGGCUACGGGGACUGCGCCGCGGGCGCCCGAUACCAGGAUGAGCUCACAGCGUUGCUGCGCCUGACGGUGGGCACCGGUGGGCGAGAAGCCGGCGCCCGCGGGGAACCCUCGGGGAUUGAGCCGUCAGGUCCGGAGGAGCCGCCGGGUCCGUUCGUUCCGGAGACCGCCCGGGCCCGAAUGCGGGAGCCAGAGGCCAGAGAGGACUACUUCGGCACCUGUAUCAAGUGCAACAAAGGCAUCUAUGGGCAGAGCAAUGCCUGCCAGGCCCUGGACAGCCUCUACCACACCCAGUGCUUUGUCUGCUGCUCCUGUGGGCGAACUUUGCGCUGUAAGGCUUUCUACAGCGUCAACGGCUCUGUGUACUGUGAGGAAGAUUAUUUGUUUUCAGGGUUUCAGGAGGCGGCUGAGAAAUGCUGUGUCUGUGGUCACUUGAUUUUGGAGAAGAUCCUACAGGCAAUGGGGAAGUCCUAUCACCCAGGCUGCUUCCGAUGCAUCGUUUGCAACAAGUGCCUGGAUGGCAUCCCCUUCACAGUGGACUUCUCCAACCAGGUGUACUGUGUCACUGACUACCACAAAAAUUAUGCCCCUAAGUGUGCAGCUUGCGGCCAACCCAUCCUCCCCUCUGAGGGCUGUGAGGACAUCGUGAGGGUAAUAUCCAUGGACCGGGAUUAUCACUUUGAGUGCUACCACUGUGAGGACUGCCGGAUGCAACUGAGUGAUGAGGAAGGCUGCUGCUGUUUCCCUCUGGAUGGGCACUUGCUCUGCCAUGGAUGUCACAUGCAGCGGCUCAGUGCCCGACAGGCCCCUGCCAACUAUAUCUGA